AUUUGGGCAUUGCCAGGGCAGGCAUUUAUUUUCUUAAAACCCUGGUUAUAAUACAGUAACUCACACACACACACACACAACAAUGGGGUCACUCAUAGAAAACGUUACACACUAUAUAUACUGUAUAUAGUUUUGUUUAAGUGUGCAAUGCGUUGCAUUCACACACACACACACACACACACACUGUAUGUUAAAUAUUAUUUGCUAUGGGGUUGUGUAUAGUCACUACUAUGUGUAACGUUAUUAGUGGAAUGUAUGGCUCACUAUGUAUACAUGUACUGUAUUUUGACUGCCAUUUAAAAAAUUGUUUUUAAAAUACAAGUCUAAUAAUGUUAUGCCUAUAGCUAUACAUUAGUAGUACUAAUAAUAUACAGUGUAUUGCGUCUAAAACGCAGUGCAAUCGUCGAUACCAUUGAUUUAAUACAUAACAUAACAACAAACCUCUUGAGUGAAGAAGUGAUGAUUGGAUCAGUUAUUGUCUAAAAAAAACUAAUAAGACAUUUAACUGUCUAUUAUUAAAAACCCGACAAUUGAUUGUCACUGUAAUUGAUUGACACAAAAAACAAAAUGAGAUUAUCAUUGGACGACAUGGAAGCCGCCGAUGAUUUGUUGGCCAACGGCGGCACUGGUGAUGGCGGCCAACGACAACAGCGACCACAACAACAACGACGACAAUUAUUUGCCGAAAAUUUAUCGGAUGUGUUUGAUAUGAUGGACAGGAGGACUACCGCCUCCGCUGCUGCUGCAGCACAAGCAGCAGCUGCUCCUACCGCUGCUGCUGGUAGUGGUAAUGAUAAUGACAUGCGUGUCAUCUAUAAGAUCAAGUUUGAUGGCAGCCAACAGUCGUCAUCAUCGGCCGCCGCCGCCGCCCCCGCAGCCGUACUAUCGGUAAGCGUUCGCCCGGUCGACGGCUAUACUACUCAUUGGCGCGAAGUUAGACAACAGCUGUUGGAUCUGAACGGUAACAAUGACUCGUUGUUGUCAUCGUCGUCGUCAUCGACAGCGAUGAUGGCCACCACCAAUACAACAGAUGAUAUUGUCUUUACCGGUGCCAUACCGUCGAUGAACUAUCAAUUUGUUAUCAAUAAUAAUGACGAUUAUCUGACCGCACUUAAAGUUGCAGAACUUUGCGGACAACCAUUGGAUGUAACCAUCAGUAAAACUGUUGAUGAAGUGACCAAUAAAUCUGAAUCAAACAAUAGGUCGACAUCGAUAACAAUGGCCUCAAACGAUGACAAAUUUACCGAUAAAGCCGCCGCCACUGCAGCAGCGGCUGCUGCCGCCGUCGAAAACAAUGAUUUUAUAAUUGUGUCCAACAAUGUGUCCACUGAAAACCAGUCGCCGCCGCCGAAAACGACUGCCUCAAGCAGUAGCCGAUCAUCGGUUGCAGCCGACGCGGCCACACAAUUGGACUCGCAAUUAAUAUUUAUGACCAAAGCUCAGAUGGAUAACAUUAAAAACGAAAUCACUGUCGACGUAACCAAACGUUUGAUCAACAAACUAACCGAAUGUCUACACGAGCUGACCAGCGAAUGUUCGUCGACGGCUAGCGGUUGUUCGGAACGAAAUAUACCAAUCUAUAGGGCAUCGGCCACAGCCUCAGCCGCCGCCAGAUGCGAGCCCCGAUCGGAACCGCCGUUAAUGCCGAUACCGAUGCCCAACGACGACGACGAUCUGGACUACAAAGUAGUUCAUACGGGUAUUAUAUGCGAUUCGUGUGACCAGCAAAUCGAGGGCAUGCGCUACAAGUGUAUCAACUGUUUGGACUAUGAUCUGUGCGAACAGUGUCGACUGAAACCCGAAGUUCACGAUCCGAAACAUACGUUUACGGUAAUCGAUCGCUACAUACGACAGUUCAACAAAACUGGUUACUAUGAUAUACCGAAUCCUAAUCUGGAUUUCCUAAAGCCGUUUCUAUCGUCGACUAUUGUCGAUCCCGUAACCAACGAAAUGGUUCUGGCACUGGAUGUCGAUUUGAGAAACGGUACGAUUACCCGAAGUAAUACUACCGGAACGGCUGCUGCUAAUGCAACGACGGCUCCCGCAGCGACUGCACCGCCGCCGCCGCCGCCACAGAUGUUUAAUCCUAUGGUUGCCGCCGCUGCUGCUGCUUCGGCCGCAGCCAAAGCUGCUGCUUGUGAGGCUACCGCUGCCGCAAAUAAGGCCAGUAUCGAAGCAAUCGUUGCCGCAGUCAAAUCGGCCAAUGCUGUUGCAGCCGCCGUUGCCGCUAAAUCUGAUGUUACCAACAAUAACGCCAACAACAACAGCGGUGUCGGUGACAAUGUAGUUGUCGUCGACAAGACUACUACUACUACCACCGGUGCGACUAAUAAUACUAAUGGAUUGGCUACUAAUCCGUGCUAUCCGUAUGUUCCGCAAACGAUGGCCGCCUUUGAGCCGCCGCCGCCUCCGCAAGUAUUUCCAAAGAAAUACGAUAGAAAUGACAAAAAGUGUCACAAAAUUGCCAAAAAAUUGGAAAAACUAAGGAUCAAAAACCAAGUAAUGCUUAACCAGUCUAGUGAUGAUCGUUCCGCUCAAUCAUCGGAUAUUGUCGGUAGCGGUGGCACCGUUGCCGUCGCUGCUGGCGAGCGCCGACACCACGAGCGCAACUCGAGCCGACUAUUAGCCAAUCCCUAUCAUCCGCAUCCCAGCAAUCCAUCGUUAAAUACUAUCAAAAAACUGUAUUUAAGUGGACUACUGGUCGAAGACGAGACCAUACCCGACGGUACUAAACUGCCGCCGAAUGCACGCUUUCGAAAGACAUGGAAAGUACGCAAUACCGGAACGAAAGUCUGGACCGGUCGGACUACGUUGCGAUUUGUUUGGGGACACACCGAACUUCAGCCGUUCGGUGCAAUUACCGAAGUCCAGGUGCCGCCCCUGAGACCGGGCGAAGAGGGUAAAGUAAGCAUACGAUUUACGGCACCCAAUCCCAAACAGCCGACUCGCUACCAGAGUCAUUGGCGUCUGCAUCAUCGCGGCCAACCGUUUGGCCAGCGUCUCGAAUGCAAAGUUAUUGUCGAUCCGACCAGCAGUGAUUUGCCAACAUUGCCGAUACCGUUGGCACCGAUACUGGCGGCAAAGGACCCGUCGACGACUACAACCACAACUAGCGGCCAUCAAUCGCGCGUCAAUUCAGUACCGCAGCCGCCGAAAAUGUCUGUCCGAAUGGCCAAAUCGAGUGGUGGUAGUGGUCAUCAUAAUCAUCAGCCGCCGCCGCUGCUGCCGACUACUACUGUCGAACAGUUCUUACAAAGCGAAACCAACUGUAACUUUGACUCAAUUGCCAAUAUUCACCAAUCGAUUAUUGAAUCUCAGCGACAACUCAGUGAUAAACUUCGGGCUAUGGCUACGGCCAAGCAGUUGACAACUGGAGCGGCGACCACACCCACUGUUGUCACCGCCGCCGCGCAAACAAACAGCGAGAAAACGGCUGCUGCAGCGGCACAGAAAACUUCGGUAAAACGUCUAUCGGAAGCCUUGCACGCCGUGAAAGAGUUGCGCUUUGAUUUGGAUAAUAACGACGAAUGCGACGCCAUUCCCAUCAAACCGAAUGUCAAGUCGCAUACGACUACACCGGCCAACACACCGUUCAAUGUGUCGCCACCUAAAUCGCCAGAACCCCAACAGUCAUCCGUUGCUGAUAAUGCGUUUAGUGGACACCAAAUUGAAUCGGCGGCUGCGGCCGCAACUGAUGCCAAUACUAAGGACAAAUCGGAAGUAUCGGCGGCUAAAGCUGCUGUUGUUGUUGUCGUCGAAACCGAUGAUAAUAAUAGUAAUAGUAAAUCGACUGAAGAAAAACCUGACGACGAUUGCGAAUCGGAUGUCGAAUCGGUUGAUGUAUUGAGUCUUAGCUCGAAUGACAGUAUGGAUGAGUUUGUUUUGGUACCGCUUCCCACUUGUUUCGAUCUUAACGUACCAUUCAAUAACAACAACAACAACAACAAUGGUGUCGAUAAUAAGGCAUUCGAAGAAGACGACGACGACGAGACCGCUGAUGACGACACUAAAGAUGAAGUCGUUGAUGACAUUUCUGGUGGUAGUAGUGGUAAUAGUAGUGAUGAUAAUAAUACUACUACUACUACUGCUACUAAUGAUUGGAGAUUUGUUGAAAUUGUCGACAACAAGAUUGGCAAUAAUAACAUCAACGACGACGACGACGAUAAUGAAGAACUUCAACUGAUCAGUCAUUCGGAUACAGUUCCGCUGUUGGCGGCAGAAAAUAGGGCCGAAGUUGUCGCAGCAGAUUCGCGACCAGCGACUAAUGAGUCGCCAUUGGAUUUGACAAAAGACAGAGACAAUGAUAAUAGCCAUCAGUCGACGACUACAUCGUCGUCAUCGUCUUCAUCAUCGUCCGGCCAUUCGUCGACUAUGACCAUCAGCGGUAGUACUGCUGUUGUUGUGGACAACAUGAAUACAAAUGAGCCGUCAAUAGUCGCUGAUGAACAGCCACGGCUUAGACCGCGAACUAAUAUUAAUAAUAAUAAUGGCCAGACAUCUACCAAUCCGUUUCGCCAGAACAGCAACAACAACAGUGGCCAGAAUACCAGCUCUACUACCACUACCACCAGCAGCACCAUUACUACUACUACCAAUACCAAUGAAACAGAGAAUGUAAUCCAUGUUCUGCCCGAAAGUAUAGUUACCGGUGCCCUAUCGGCUGCCGCACACGUCUAUAACAAUGUGAGCCGAGCACUGUUCUCACGAAAUGAGGGCACAAACUAUGCGUGGGUAACAUCACCGCCGCCGGCAGCCAUACCGUUACCCGACUUUUGGACGGUUAGACCACCGCACGCUACCGCCAACCCCUCUGUUACUACCACUACUAAUCAGUACCCGAUGUCGUACGAUCCGACUACUGGCAUACCAACUGGUGGUGGUGGCAUCGGUGGCCAACAUCCGAUGAACUUGUCGUCGGCACCGAACACUGCACAACCACCACCACCUCCACCACCAAUACACCCACACUUUAAUCCACACCCGCCGCCACCUCCGCCGCCACCGCAACACCACCACCACCACCAUCCGAUGCAUAUGCAUCCAAUGGCACCCAUGUAUCCGAAUUUGGCCACUGCUACCGCUUACAUGAGCGCUACACCGAACGGUUCGACUUUUAUGAGCGCUGCACCAAACGGAUCGACUACAUACAUGAGCGCUACACCAGCCGGACCUACAUUCAUGGCUAACAGUGGCCAAGCGAUUCCGAUGCCUGCACCCGCACCGCGACAACAACAACAACAGCAGCAGCGGCAACAACAACAACAACAAUCGGGAGCACCUAAUCGUAUGGCCAAUGCUUUGAAACAGUUAUACGAAAUGGGAUUCUGGAAUCAAAAACUAAAUCAAGAAUUACUGUCAAAGAAUCGUAUGGAUGUCAACGACACCAUCGAAGAACUGUUGUCUCCGCAGCCGCGCAGCGAUACAACAACAACUGAUUCGCCACCGUCGACAACGACUACAACAACAACAUCGUCGUCAUCGUCGACUGCGGCCGUCUCUGGUCGCCGACGACGGGAAAGAUUGGUUGAAACAGCUGUUGUCUCGGAUCAGCCAAUUCGUAGAAAUACACAAAACAGUAGUGAUUUUAUUGAAGAGUUUGAUUAAUUGAUUGAGUGAUAGAUUUGAUGAAUCAAUGGAUCGAUUGAUCGAUCGAUUGAUUGUUUAAAUAUAUGAAUGAUUUAUAGAUUUAUGUAUUUUUUUUUGUUGUGAUUUAUGUCUAAUUAUUUUUUUUUGAGUCGAGUUUUCAUUUGAUAAACAAAACUAUUAUAAUAUUUUCAACAAAAAAAACAAAAAAAAAUAUUUAAUCGUUGUUUUUGUUUAUUAUUAUUAUUAUUAUUAUUAUUAUUAU